AUGACAUCAGAGUACUCCUUGGAAUGGAAAUAUAUGCCAGUUACAGGAUAUUUGAUUGAUCAAAAAUCAAAUAAAGUGAUAUGGGAUCUCAAAUCUGAAGAUUCGAAGUGGCCAAAACAUUUAUUUACAGUCUCUAUUUCUUAAUAAAAAGAAUUCAUGUCUGAUCCUGAACUUGGGUGGAAUUGGCAUAAAUCAUGGAACUAACCUGACAUUAAUUACACAAUAAAUGUACUGACUAUUCAUGUAUAAAGUUUAAAAACUAUGAUGACUUAUUGAAAAUCAAUAUAUAAGUCUAGGAUUAAAUGGAAAUAGUAAAUAGGAAUUAUUUGAACCUUCUAUAACAUUUAGUGGAUUGAAAUUUGGAACCACUUCUUAGAAUAAUAAAGUAAUUAAGAAAUUUAAGUUUUUAAGCAUUCCAAGUUUAACUUGAUAUUUUUGUUAUUUUAUUCCAGAAAAGAGGAAGUAUUGAUCUUAGAUUCAUAAAUAUCUUCAGAUGUGUUUUUUGACUCUAGAAAUAGAAGUAAUCAUAAAAAUGGAGAAAUAUCUUAAGAAAUGUUUAUAGAUUUAUUUCCACUUUUAUUGAUUGAUUAAAUAUUGUAUAAAUGA